AUGGUCCAUGCGCAGUCGUCGAACAACUCAUCCACCAUCACGUCGAACAACGCAGUAAACCCGGUUCCCUUGGGACUACCAGCCCUCGCAGGAUCUCCCCUUCUCCAGUACGACCGAGCUGACCGUUGCUUCGUCACCUCCACAAGAAGGACUCCCAUCUAUCCUCGAGGCGGCUCCUGGGUUCGUGCAGAAGGUUCCAACCCGCAGAUCGUCGCCCAUCAACAGCUUGUCAGCUAUUACCAGAGACACCCUCCCACUCACCCAGAAGACGUAUUCGCCACCCUACGAAUCAACGUCGAACCAGCACAAACAACAGAAAACCUACAGUCACCUGUUAACGAACAAUCGUUCGAACUCCCGGAUGUUCAGUACGUUCCCAUCGAGGCUCCAGAAACCAAACCACCACCUGUUUCAUUCACACCAACCAACGCACCGGUUGAACCUCCGAUGACGACAUUUACUCAAGCAGACAUCGAUCAGCGCAUCGCGGCUGCUCUCGAUACAUACCGACUUCAACAAUCAACCGCCAAUCGACCCCUCCGCCUCGACAUCCCCGCUCCGGAACCCUUCAGCGGAAAGGCAGAGGAUCUUAGACACUUCCUUCAAUGCGUCCUUUCCUACUUCGUCGCCACCAACAACACCAGACUUAGCGAUGAAGCAAAGAUCGCCUUCACGGUAGCAUUGAUGAGGAAGGACCUAGGAAAGACGUGGGUGGAUGCAUACUACGAGAAGUCAGCAGGGGGAGUCCAGGUGUAUCCCGAUUGGGCAGCCUUCGCCACCGCCCUUGAGGAAGCAUUUCCUGAGCACGGAACGCGAAUCAAGGCACACCAAAUCCUGAUGAAGCUGCCCGAAUGA